AGAAGUGCAGAGGUGUCAAACUGUGGGUGAGCGACAUAGGGGCAUAGGGACAAUCUCACAGAUUACCGUGACCAUUACUCGCUGUAUCUUUCUGUUUUACUCUUCAUGGAUUUGAAUUUUGUUCACUUAUUUAUUUUUCAUCGAGAUAUUGGCAUUUCAUUCCCGUUUCCGUCAUUAGAUCCGCUUGUCUGUACACUUGAAGAUGAGCACAGGGGGAUAAGGCUGGCUACAUUUUCCAAAAAAGGUUCCCCGUCUGUCUCACGGACAUUGGUCACCAACCUUUCCGUGACCGUUUUUCUGUUUCGAUUGGGCGUUCUAACAUGAUUCUAUCAUGAGUUACAAGGUAGUGAACUAUAACUCAACCUCAAGAAAGCCAAGCACGAUGGAUAACGUAACCGAUUGCAAUGGUCCCGGCUUGGACCUCAUUCAGAAUCGCAUUGAGUCUCUGAACAAUAAGAUGGACAAACUCAUCAACAUCCAAGAGAAGAUCCUCAACCGGCUGGAUGGAAUGUCCCAGGACAUUGACAGUAUAGAGAGGGACAUGGAAACACUGAAGGUGGAUAAGGAAGAGAUCCAUAUCCCUGCCAGAGCCCGAACUCUACCACCGGCCCUGGCUCAAACCCAGGGCACGGGCAUGGGGGGCGAGGUGAGAGAGAUGUGUCAGGAGAUAAGUUCCAUCGUGACAGUGCUGGACCAGCGCUCGCAGAAGCAGGCUGGGAAGCUGGAUGGGAUGGAAAAGCUGGUCCUCAGCAUCCAUCAGGUCAUCAGAUUCAUUGGGGAGACGAUGAAGAGCCCCCGGGUUAUGGAGAUGAUGUUUAUGGGUCCGGCAGCACACAAGGCCUCCAAGUCAAAAGACCUCAAGAUGGCUAUUAAGAGGCAAUCGUUCGCAGAAAAGAGCAAGAGCUCAGUUACUAAGAAGACCGACAAGCCAAAAGUCCACAAGAAGAAGGAUGGGAAGGAGAAGUCGGGUCUGAGCCCGAAGGGUCUGAAAGAACAGAAAAAGAAGAAGCUCCCAGACACAGCAGAUACCAUCUCCCUUAGGAAGCAGGUGUUGCUACUAGAGGAGGUUCAGAAGCUCAACAGGGAGAAUGCAGAGAGAUCAUCAUCAUCAUCAUGUCACCAGCAGCAGCAGCACCUCACCCCUGAUGGCUUCCUGGACCUGGAGGCUGGGUCUGGAGGGGCCUCAGAGGGUUCCCUCAGCCCAAACCUGCUGGACCUUAUCCUCGAGGGCCCCAAGGCCCCUGUGACUGAAGAGGAGUCAUUGUCUGAGGAGGAGGCUGCAGGAGAUGGUCUAAAAGUGGAAGAGAGGAAGGAGGAGGAGGUUGUAAAAAAGGAGAAGGAAGACCAAUCUAAGGAAGAGGAGAGAAAGGAGGAGCUGUUGGAAACCACAGAGAAGCCCGAGGAGGAUGGAAGACUAGAGGAAAAAGAGGGGGAGAAGGAGAAAGAGGGGGACACUACACUCUCUAAAGGCCCAUCGGAAAUUGUUGAUAUGUCGGUAAAGGAUAUCCCUUCUCUCCCAACCUCCUCUGAGGCUCCAGGAGACACCAACUCCAUUCCCGAGAGCUGUGAAGACCACAACAAAAGUGAUUCCUCUCUGUCUCUGGAGGCAGCAAAACAGGACCAGGUGGAGGAGGGCAGCACCGGCAGUAAGCGUCAGGUGAUGGAGGAAGACCUGGGAGUAGAGGACCACAAGAAGAGUCGGGUAGAGGAAGGAGAGGAUGAGGGAUGGGGCAUCUUCAAGGCAGACGGGGUGGAUAUCGGUGUGGAGCGGAAGAAGAGGCUGGGGAAAGAUCAGGCCACAGAAGUCAAGCAGUCUACUGGGGAAAUGUUCUUCAUUGACAAAAGUCCUCCUCCACCAGCUCCAUUCAACCAUCGGAUAGUGUCGGCCAAACCCAACCAGAUCAACAACUUCUACACCAUCAACAGAGUUGAGAUUCUAGGAGGGGGUCGUUUUGGCCAGGUGCACAAAUGCAUGGAAAACUCCUCAGGUCUCACGCUAGCUUCCAAAAUCAUCAAAGCCCGGAGUCAGAAAGAAAAGGAGAUGGUCAAGAAUGAGAUCAUGGUCAUGAACCAGUUGGACCACGCCAACCUGAUCCAGCUCUACGCCGCCUACGAGUCCAGGAAUGAUAUCAUCCUGGUGCUGGAAUAUGUGGAUGGUGGGGAGCUCUUUGACCGGAUCAUCGACGAGAACUACACUCUGAUGGAGCUGGACACGGUCAUGUUCAUCAGGCAGAUCUGUGAGGGCCUUCAGCACAUGCACAAGAUGUACAUCCUCCAUCUGGACCUCAAGCCGGAGAAUAUUCUAUGCGUGAGCAGAGUCACAAAUAAAAUCAAGAUCAUUGACUUUGGACUUGCCAGAAAAUACAUACCCAGAGAGAAGUUGCGAGUGAAUUUCGGCACCCCAGAGUUCCUGGCCCCAGAAGUUGUCAACUACGACUUUGUGUCAUUCAACACCGAUAUGUGGAGUCUGGGAGUCAUUACAUAUAUGCUUCUCAGCGGUCUGUGUCCUUUCCUGGGCGACAAUAACCCUGAGACUCUGAACAACAUCCUUGCCUGCCAGUGGAACUUUGACGAGGAAGAAUUUACAGACAUCUCAGAGGAAGCCAAAGACUUCAUCUCUAAACUACUCAUCGUCAAUAAAAGUUGGAGGAUAGGUGCCUCUGAAGCAUUGAGGCAUCCUUGGCUCUCUGACCCAGUCCUCCAUCACCGACUUCAUGAAAAGAAGAACAUGUGUCACUGUUCCCGGCGAUCUUCAUGCGUACCCGUUACAGAGAGUUGAGCAUGAUGACUAGACGAUGCCAGCUGUGGCCACCUGGACCAAGCCUGCUGUACACCUGCAUGUUUACCAGCGCUUACCUAUCUAAACAUCUGUAGAAGUACACCUGUAGAACUACUGGAGCUUACCUGUCUGUACACCUGUAGAACUACAACCUGCAAAACUACAACCUGUAGAAUUACUGGAGCUUUACUUGUCUGUACACCUGUAGAACUACAACCUGCAAAACUACAACCUGUAGAAUUACUGGAGCUUACCUGUCUGUAUACCAAUAGAACUACAACCUGUAGAACUACAACCUGUAGAACUACCGUAGCUGUGUGAUGAUUGGACGAUACAUGUUACAUGAACAACUGUUAGCUCACUAGAUAUGCUGUUUUGUUGGUUUUCGUACGUAUAUCCAAGGAUAGGUCAAAAAUUAGACAAAAAUAAGUAAUUGGUUUUAGUGGAAACAUUACCUGACAGUCAUACUGUACAUUUGAGUUGGUUGUCAUGUACUGUAAAAGUGCUAUUUCAGUGUGAUGCCAAAGCUUAGAAGACUGGAGGGUGUCGUGAAAGAUAGUAUGCUAGGUACAGUAUGUGAAUUUGAUCUGCAACGCAAGGUUAGUAUGACAUAACACCAAACUCUAACCUCGUAUCUUGUAAAUACUUUGGGGGUUUGAUUUUGUCAGACAAACUAGAUUCCAGAUUUUCAAAAAUGUUUACUUUUAGCCAACGUUGUUUCCCUGUCGUACAGUUGUACUGUUAUCUUCCCUCAUGUGUGAAUCCAUUUUCUUUAGCUUUAUUUCCAUCUCAGUUAUCCACAAUGCAUCUCAACGUUUAUGCUGUGAUGCUGCUCUCCAUUUCAUCUCAUUUUCUGUUCAUGUAAAAGAGUUCCGUGUUGAGUACUGUACCCCACUUUUCCUCGGACUGUGUGUGUAUUUAUCAAACCAAAGGAUUUUUCCGUUUAACUUGACUGAUAGACAGACAAAUGUCACGUGUUUGCUGUUUGUUUUGUGCUCUCUUGAUAUUGAGUGUAAAUAGAUCAAAUGUGUUGAUGGUUGCUUAAACUUUUAAUGCAGACCUGGGGUACUUAGUAAUGAGUCUGGGAAAGCAUUGUUAUACUGUUUUCAUUUUCUUGAAAUCAUUCGAUCCAUUAUAGAAUUAUAGAAUAUAAAUAGCUGUUGAUAAUCUAUAUUGUAUUUUGGAAAAAGAUGUACUUUCAGUAAAGAAAAUGGAAAUACUAUUUUUGUUAUUUCACACAGACAGAACAAAAAAGGCCCAAGUUCAAGCAAGGAUAUUAAUAGAUUUAAAUAUCAAAUAAUCUGACAAUGUUCGGGAUGUUUUAUCUAUGUUCUAGUAUAUUUGUAAAUCUACAGUAUGAAAAGGGUUGAAUGGAUCUUGUCUGGUCAGGUUUUAUAAGCUCUAGGAUGUGCACUUUAAAUGGUUAUUUGUUUAAAUCAGAUGCAUUUAUCAAAACUAAUCCUGGAACUUAAGAGUAAAUACCAUUUUAGAAAUGAUGUUUUUAUGCCUGUAGUCAUACCCUGCAUUAUUUCAUUAUAUUUUGUUAUAUGUAUAUAUAUCCCCAACAGUUUUACUUUAUAUUCAAAUAAUCUUAUUUUAUUAGUAUUUUCUUUGUUUUCUUUGGAUUUUUGAAAAUGUUGCCUGUUACUUUUUAUUUAAUGAAAGCAUGCUUUUUGCUUUCAUGUGCUCAGUAAAACCAAUUAUAGUACAUACAUGACACAUUAUACAUAAUUAUUUCAAUGUGUAGGGUUGUGCAUAAAUGUUUCCAUAGCUACUAUUGUUAUUUGUUCAAACCUUUCCACAUGUUAUCAUUUUGUAACUAAAAAAGAAAACUACUUUAUUACCUUCCAUGAAUGCUGGCUAUUGGAAAGUAUACUAGCUAUUAGAAUUAAAUAUGGCUAGUAUUUCAUAUAUUACACUUUUCCUCUAUAGUGUAUAUCUAUCUUAGGUUUACAGUUGUGUAAACAGUAAAACUGCUGUCUUUUUAGUCCGUUGGACACUGAUUGUCAUUGUUUUGAAGGAUAGAGUACAACAAAAAAUACAAUAAUAAUCUGAUCUCAGCAAUGGAGUGAAACACAUUUUGAAUUCAAUGUGUCUUUUGAAGUUUUGGAGCAUUAAAACUUAAAUAAAUAUUACAGCGAAAGAAAAAUCACCUUUAUUAUCAUUUAAGUUGUGUAUUUUUGUAUUUGAUCUUUUAUUUAACUAGUCAGUUAAGGACAAAUUCUUAUUUACAAUGACGGCCUACAUUAUCACACGUGUCUUUUCAUUGAAAUUCUCUUUUAAUUUUAAAAUCAAAUUGUGUCGUAUUUCCAACAUAAAGCAAGAACAAAUCUUUA